UCCAAAGAGUUCGGAUCUCGUGCGUCAGGAGCGCGCAUGCAGGGCCGGAGGGAGUCACCAAAAGUUGCAAACCGAAGCGAGUCAGAGGCGGGAUGGUCCUCCGGUCGGGCCGCACCGGCGGGGUGUCGCUGCACUCUGAGGGCCAGUGAGGACGAACGUUCGGGCGGACAAGAGGCUGUCACGCGCGCACCGACACUCUGAAAGCAUGCGCGUCCCGCCGGGACUCGGCUGCGUCCUGCUCAGCCUCCUCCUGCAGGCGGCGGCGCCCUGGAGUCCGGAGCGACCGGACGGACCGAGGCAGUGCGACGCGCCAAAGGCGCAAAGUGAACUAAACUCUUUCCUGUGGAGGUUGGAGCGUCCGCCUCCUCUCCCGCCAUCGUACUUGUUCGGUACCAUCCACGUGCCCUACACCCGAGUCUGGGACUUCAUCCCCAACAGCUCCAAGCAGGCGUUCCACAGCAGCAACCGUGUUUUCUUCGAGCUGGACCUGACCGACCCGCUGACCAUCUCCAAACUCACCAGCUGCCAGCUGCUCCCCCACGGGGAGAACCUGCAGAGCCUGCUGCCCCGGGACCUGUACCGCCGCCUCAAACGCCACCUGGACUACGUCAAGCACAUGAUGCCCUACUGGAUCACGGCUGACCAGCGAGGGCGGGGCCUCUACGCCGACUACCUGUUCAACGCCAUAGCGGGGAACUGGGAGAGGAAGAGGCCUGUGUGGGUGAUGCUGAUGGUCAACUCGCUGACGGAGUGGGACGUCCGGUCCAGAGGGACGCCGGUGCUGGACCUCUUCUUGGCUCAGGAGGCGGAGCGGAUGGGAAAGGUUACAGGAGCGGUGGAGCAGGUGGAGGAGCAGUGUCAUCCCCUCAACGGACUCAACUUCUCUCAGGUUCUGUUUGCUCUGAACCAGACUUUGCUGCAGCAUGAAGGAGUUCGAGCAGGCAGUCUGCAGGGCUCCUACACCACCGAAGACCUCAUCACACAUUACAACUGUGGGGACCUGAGCUCCAUCAUCUUCAACCACGACACCUCACAGCUGCCUCACUUCAUCAACCGCUCCCUCCCGGCUCACGAUCGCGUGACGGCGCAGCAGAUCGACCGCUACUUUCGCCAGGAGCUCAUCUACAAGCGCAACGAGCGAAUGGCGCGGCGAGUGUCGGCGCUGCUGCAGAGGAAUCCCAACCAGACCUACUUUUUCGCUUUUGGAGCAGGUCACUUCCUGGGGAACCACAGUGUUCUGGACAUUCUCACCCAGGAGGGUCACGAGAUCGUCCACAUGCCGGCCGAGCCUCCAGGAGCAGCCGCAGACAAAGCAGAUGUGGAGCCACCUGCAGCCGGCGCCGCCACCGCCACGGCGACCCCCCCCACCCUGGAGCCGGAGCUAGGGGACUCGGAGGAGGAGGAGGAGCCCCCCCACAUCCUGCUCCCCGACAGCCUGAGCCAGCUGGAGGAGUUCGGGCGACACAAGCGGCCUCGCAAGGUUCACCGUAACCACGGGAGGCCCCGCCUUUUCAGCGACCUCUGGGUCCGCAUCGGGGACAGCACAUCGCCACCGCCCAGCAUACGGAUCCUAAACGGUUACGUAACCGUGGAGCCGUCUCUGAGCCUUCAGGAGCAGCGCAGGCGCAUGGCGGUCUUCGCCACACCGCGGCACACGGCUUCCUCUACCUCCACCUCUCCACACCCGAACUCGGCGCCGCCGCCGCUUUGCAGCUCGUGCGCUCCGUUCUGUCUUUUACUCUGGUUCCUGUCUCACAUGCUGCUCCACUCCUGACCGGCGGUCUCGUCUUAAAAGCCGUCAAGACUCGACUGCGUCCUUCCGGAGCGCCGGAUGAGGAGAACCAUCAGCACCUGAUGGUUCAGAGCAGGUUCAGUCGAGUUUGAAGGUUCUGCUGUCGCAGGGAGAACGCUGGAGAUGUAAAAUGUUCGUCAUCGGCUAAUGAAGCCGGGCUGCAGGAGGACAGUCCUCAUCAAUGUUUAGAUUAACAGAUAAAGGAGAGAACGAAGGGUUACAUUUACUAAUGAGGUAAAAACGUGUUUUUGUGGAUGAAAAGAAGAACUAAAGAGUGGAGGAUGCAGAAGACAGACGGAGGAAGCUGAUUGGCUGUGAGGGGGAAAGAAUACGUCCCACGCAGCUUCACGCUGCCACUUUGUAAAUUGUGCAUUUUGUUUAUAAUAAAAAUGUAUAUUUAUUUUUUCCCAAAUAAAUAAAAAAAGACUAUAUUUUCUUGCUAUUUGAAGAUAUUUGAAGGAAAGUGUUGAACUGCAUCAUGUGUUCGUAUAAAAUGAAUAAAUAACACUUAAAAAAAGGCACUUAGUUUGUUUUUCU